GACAGAGCACCCUCGCUCACGAACCAGCCGCCAGGCGCUUUGAUUGCGUGGCCAGACUUCUUGACACUGAGCUCAGCUGAGGAAGAGGACAAGGAAGAAGCCAUGGAGCACAGCCACAUCCCGGUUUUUUCUCCAAAUGUGAGCACCUGGAGCACAGGGCAGAAUCCCUCUGAGGUCGCCCAGGGAUGCCCUCUCGGACCUCUGCCCGUCAUCUACUACAGCAUACUGCUCUGUCUUGGCCUUCCUGCUAACAUCCUAACAGUGGUUAUCCUGUCCCAGCUGGUGCUGCGUCGUCAGAAGUCGUCCUAUAACUAUCUCCUGGCUCUGGCAGCUGCUGAUAUCCUAGUGCUGCUCCUCAUUGUUUUUGUUGACUUCAUUUUAGAGGAUUUCAUUUUGGGUAAACCCCUGCCACCGUCAUUUAACAGUGCAGUGCAGGUUCUGGAGUUCUCCUCGAUCCACACCUCCAUCUGGAUCACUGUCCCUCUCACCAUCGACCGCUACAUUGCCGUGUGUCACCCUCUGCGCUACCACACGGUCUCUUACCCGGCCCGAACACGCAAGGUGAUAUUUGCCGUGUAUAUCGGGUGCUUGUUGUCUGCAGCUCCUUAUUACUGGUGGCCUGAGCUGUGGCACAGCCUGCCAGGGGUUGAAAGUGGGAAUCAAGGCGGAGGAGGAGGAGCAGAGAGCAGCAGGAGAACGGCUGCCCAGCAUGUCCUGGUGUGGGCGCACUGCGCCACCGUCUACCUCCUGCCCUGCACAGUCUUCUUCUCCCUCAACGCCGUCAUUGUGCGGAAGCUGCGCAGACGACGGAGCUGCUUCCGGUUACGGGGAUACUCCACAGGCAAAACCACUGCCAUUCUCCUGGCCAUCACUUCGAUUUUUGCCGUUCUGUGGGCCCCACGCACCCUCAUGAUCCUCUACCACUUCUACUCGCCUCCACCAGCCUCAGAGAGCGCCGGCCGUCUGCUCCACGUGCUCACCGAUAUGGCCAACAUGCUGGCGUUGCUCAACACGGGCGUCAACUUCUUCCUCUACUGCUUCAUCAGCAAGCGUUUCCGGGGCAUGGCCGCCAACGUGCUGCGAGCCCUGGUCCGCUGCCGGAAGCAGUCGCCUCCGUUUUACGCCAGUCACAAUUUCUCCAUCACAAGCAGUCCCUGGAUCUCACCAGCCAACUCCCACUGCAUCAAGAUGUUAGUGUACCAGUACGACAAAAAUGGGAAGCCUAUCUGUAUCUCCUCGUGA